AUGUCGCAAGCAGAAUACCCCCCUCCUCCCUCCUCCCAGGGAUCAGAAUUUCCUCCAUUUCCCCCUCCGCCUCCCCCCCUAACCUCUCCGGGUUUUCCUCCUGUGACUUUCAGCCCUCCGCCUCCGCAAUCCCCUCCUCCCCAGAACGCGUAUCCUGCCCCGGAAAGUCGACCCGCUACGACGAGUCCACCGCCACAGGCCCAGCCCAAUGGACGACCUGCCGCCAUCAAUGCCGCCCUGGCGGCCUCGUAUGAGAAGGCUCCGUUGGGUUCGCCCAUGAUAUCGCCGCCCCCCAUGUCUCCUCCGCCGACGGGCAAGAUGGAACAGUACCCUGGGGGUGCGCCGGCAUAUGGCAAAUUCACCGGAGUGACGUCGACGAAUGCCGACGAUGUCGGGACGUUCAAUGGCGGUAGCUACCGGAUCAGUCAUCGGGAUAGCAAUUCGCUCUUGACGAUCCAGUUGGCGAUGGGGUGUCCGAUCGUCGCGAAGCCUGGUGCCAUGAUCGCCAUGUCCACAACAAUCACGCUCAAGGGCUCCAUCAAGAUCAGUCUGAAGAAGUUUAUCGCGGGCGGAGAGAUGGCCCACUCUACGUACACCGGCCCCGGCGAGCUGCUGCUUGCCCCGUCCGUGCUGGGCGACAUUGCCGUUCUGCGUUUUACCGGCUCAGAGACAUGGAAGGUGGGCAGGGAUGCCUUCCUGGCAGCGACGAGCGGCAUCAACAAGGACUACCAGGCCCAGGGGCUGACCAAGGCGAUGUUUUCGGGAGAGGGUCUAUUCGUCUACAAGAUGACAGGGACGGGCUUGGUGUGGAUACAGAGCUUUGGUGCGAUUCUCAAAAAAGAUCUCGUCGAAGGCGAAGAGUACUACAUCGACAAUGGCCACCUCGUAGCCUGGAACUGCAAGUACAGGAUGGAACGCGCAGCCUCAGGCGGGAUCAUCUCCGGACUCAGUUCCGGCGAGGGACUGGUCUGUCGCUUUACGGGUCCAGGAACGGUGUACUUGCAGACGAGAAACAUUGGGUCGUUUGCAGCCCAUAUUGGGGCUAGUACUGCCAGCGGAUGA